AUGGAGGAAAUUAUGAAAGCUUUAGAAAAUAUCCAAAAAGAACUGAACGCACAAAAAAUUGAAAUUCAGAAAAAUGGUGAAAGGGUGACAGAACAAAUAACACAUAACAUAACCAACAAACUAGAAGAAAAAUUUACAAUUCUGGAAGGAAAACACCAGAUCUUGAAUGAAAAAGUUGAACAACAAGAAAAAAGAAUUCAAUUUAUGGAAAAACAAGCAAGACAAAGAAAUAUAAUUUUCUUCGGUAUUGAAGAGGACGAGACGUCGUACCAUAGCUUGGAGAACAAUAUAUUGCACUUUAUAAAUGAAAAACUGUCCUUAAAACUGAAUUGCCGAGAUAUUCAGGAAACAAAGAGACUGGGAAAGAAAGGUGAUAAACCCCGGCCAAUAAAGGUGACUUUUUCUACCCUUGGUUUAAAGGUCAGUAUUCUCAAGCAAAAAAGAUUAUUGAAAGAUACCCAAUACUAUUUGAACGAAGACUACCCUAAAUACAUAUUGGAAAAAAGGAAAGAAUUACAAGAAGAAGCGAAUAAAGAGCGUGAGAAAGGAAAUAAAGUCACAAUAAAAUACGAUAAACUCAUUGUACUAAAAUCAAACAACAAAAGAUCACUGGCGAAUUCACCAGAGUCAGAUCCCAAGUCUCAAGGACUAGUUGGUAACAACACGAGAGCCACCAAGAAAAACAAAAUAAACCAAUCCAACCCAUCUUUACCUCGAUCAAACAGUGUCUCAGAAGGAAUUCUAAAACCAAGCAUACUAAGCUACCUAGCGAAAAAUAACGCCAAUAAACAAAUCAACGACAAAACAGCCAGUAGCUUACACUCAUAG